AUGUCUCGCACCAUGACUUCUACUUCUUCCCAUGCCGACAUGCGUGCCCAAGCCUGUGCUGUUGAGGAGCCACUCCACGGCACUAUCUCGAUCUCUCUUUUGUCGAGAGGUCUGGCUGUUGGCAGAUGUCCCCGCGACAGCCUUGGACCUAUCACGCGCAAAGGCUUGCUAGCAGCCUUGAACGAGAAUGAUAGCCGUGUUACGAGAGAUGCUGGUCAGACGACUAUCACCUAUAACAUCUGGGCCGAUGAGCGUGUCGUUCUGUUCUUGGCCCACUGGGUCCACACCUACGAUGCCACAGCAUCUUUGACAGCCUCACUCAAGCCUAAGGCUGGACAGAGUGCGGAAGCAGUCAAGGAGGUCUUGCAGCACUUCCACCUCGUCUUCAACCAUUUUGCCGACAUGAACACCUACAACUCCGACAUCUGCGACUCACUCAUCGAUUGGUACAUCUUGUGGCUGAGAGAGAACAAGGAAAAGAGCCUCAACCUGCCUUUCACUACCUGCAUGAACAACGACCGCCGCGGUUAUGGUCCUCUCAUCCGCGUUUGUGCAAACGUCUUUGUUCACCACAGAGGAACACUGUUUAAGGCCCGUAACCAGGUUCGCUUCGCCCUGUGGCUUGACCGUCACCUCGAAGAGUCAGUCAGAGACACCAUUCCAGGCGAUAUCCUCGCCGAUGAUUUCGACCACUUCUGCUCCUACCAUGGACACGGAAAGCAAGUUUGCUAUUCCCAGAGAUAA